AUGGACAGGGUCGGGGAGCGAGUACGAGCCGCGUCCGCCCAAGGCAACCCCUCAAAGGGGAUCGAUAAUCCGACCAGUACCACGCCGGCCCCGUGGCUCGCUACCACGCUGGUCCACCUCGUCAAGAACUGCAAGGAAACCCCAACGAAGAUUCUGAUGCCUGUCAACCCGGAGCUAACACCUGAGGCCGUGGCGGCGUUCAUGGCCGCUGCCAAGGCCAAUGCUGCCGGGCUUUUCGACGCUCAGAGCGGGGCUAGGCACAAGCCCCUGGACAUCUGUUUCUGCCCCGUUAACGAGGACCGGGGGGGGGGGGGUGAUGGGGCCACUCGAUCGAAGGUCAUCGUGAUGUUCCUCGGGUCCGAGCGCUCCGUGGACCAGAAGACUGCCAACCAGGAGAGGGCGUUCGCGGCAUGGAUCCUUGUAUCGGUUCUAUGCCUGGCCCUUGGCGGCUACGCAGCUUUUGACUUCGGCCCGCAGCACCACGCGGUAGUGGUUCUAGCGCUGGUCAUGUUCGUCGUGGCCUACAGGUUCGCCUACACGAAAUGGCAGCUUCAUCGAUAG